CAAAGAUAGCUCAGCGCCGAUACCAAAUAGCUUGGCGAAAGUUUAAAUAUCGAUACCUCCAUGACACGACCAUUUGGAAUUGGUUCUUUCUUGGUUUCAAAACAGCUGUUACUUACCUGCUCUGAUAAUGCAAAGUACCACUCAUUUUCGCUUGCAUCGAUUGUUCGAAAAUGUAAGACAACUAUCCAGACAUCGUCAUUUCCAAAGCCAACGAUUUGUCGAGCAUCAGCACAAACGAAAACCUGCCGUUGCCACUCAUCGUCUGCGGCUGGGUCUGCGCAGUUUUAUUAUUACAGGUGUGACCGGCUUUAUCAGCUACGAUGGACUUGUUAAUGAGUUUACCUAUUGCGGGGCAGCGGUACGGUUUGUGCGGUCACUUAAAACAGCGACCCUAAUCGCCAUUGAUUAUAUGUUAUUGAGGAGCGAUGAUAACGAGUACGAUUCUAAAUUGAAAGUAUUACAUCGAAGGAGUGCCGAACGGUUGCUAGAAACGUGUCUAAUCAAUGGAGGAUUGUAUAUAAAAGUCGGCCAGGGCUUUGCCGCAAUAAAUCAUAUAUUGCCAGAAGAAUAUACUGAUACGUUAGCGCAGCUUCAGGACAAAUGUCUCCCCACAUCGCAGGCCGAUGUGCAGAAAUUGUUUCGCCAGGACUUUGGACAGCUACCCGAAGAAAUUUAUACUGAAUUUGACUACAAACCCGUGGCUGCGGCAAGUUUGGCGCAGGUGUUCAAAGCAAAGCUGCCAAGUGGCGAGGCGGUGGCCGUAAAGGUGCAAUACAAUGAUCUUCAGAAGCGCUUUAUAAGCGAUUUGGGAACAAUCAUAUUUCUGCAGGAUAUUGUGGAAUUUUUCUUCAAGGACUAUAAUUUUGGCUGGAUUUUAAAUGACUUGCGAAAAAAUCUGGUGCAUGAGCUGGAUUUUGUGCACGAGGGACAGAAUGCCGAACGUUGCGCCAACGAUAUGCACAAAUUCGAUUACGUUCAUGUGCCAAAGGUCUUCUGGCCGUACACCAAAACGCGAGUGCUUACUUUGGAGUGGAUGGAUGGUUUGAAGAUAAGUGACACGGAAGGCAUUAAAGAGCAAAAAUUAAGCUUACGGGAUGUGGAUGUCAAAUUGUUUCAAGUAUUUGCGGAGCAGAUUUUCAGCUCGGGCUUCGUGCAUGCUGAUCCGCAUCCAGGCAAUAUUUUUGUGAGAAGGAAUGCGGAACGCGGCAAUGCAGACAUAAUACUGCUCGACCAUGGACUAUAUGAGGAACUGCCAGAGCCUGUGCGUGGUCCCUUGUGUGAGUUUUGGGAGGCAACUGUAUUGCGAGAUGAGCGAAAAAUGGAAAAAGCCGCUCAAAAAUUGGGAAUUGUGGACUACAUGAAGUUCGCUGAAGUGCUCUUCCAGCAACCCAUACGCAUUCAUGGCGGCCGGGUGCGCAGUAAGCUCUCGCAGGAGGAUAUCGACUACAUGCAACUAGUUGCGAAGCAAAAUUUCGAUGCCAUCAUGAGCACGUUAAAGGAAAUGCCUCGCAGCAUGCUAUUUAUAGUUCGUAAUCUAAAUACAGUGCGUGCCAUUAGCCAUCAACAUGGGGAUAUAGUGGACCGACCACGUCUAAUGGCCCGCUAUGCCCAGCAUUGUCUGUACGAACGCGAUGGCGACUCGCCCUUCUCCUAUUUCCGUUGGCUAUGUCGGCGCUUCUACUUCGAAUAUUGCCUGUGGAGUGCGGCCAUGAAGUUGCGCCUACUUGACGUGUACUUUAAUCUGUUAUACCUCCUCGGGCGGUCGCCUUCGAAGAAUGUCAUGCGGGAUUUAAUGCAGGUCCCCAUUAGCUAGCGUGCUUACCCAAUAAAAACUGUAACCUUGGCUUAAAA